CUGAUGCCUUUCCCCCUCUCCCUCCCUCUUCACCCCUCCCAACUUCCUUUUUCAAUCUUUUCCCCACUCCCAUGUGUACAUUACAAACCAGCUGUCUUUAAGGCCUUUGCGCUGCCGUCUGCUGGAGCUCUGCCGUUCCUACAAUCUGCAAUCUGUGAUUUCAGAGGCCAACCCACCACUAACUACUCGGACAUGCCAGUCUAUCAUAAUGCUUCGGUAAACCAGUUUUACUCGUUGCUGGAGGAGACGGACGUGUUGCAGAGCUGGAAUGGAGUGUGCUCGCAGCUCGAGGAACAACUCGGCUGUUUCUCUGCCGAGGCCAGGCUCCUAGCCUGCCAACAACAAAAUCCAAUCCACCUGGACUGUACCCUCCGAGACCCAAACGACUUCUCCCACUUCCUGUCACAUGACCUGGGACUCAGCCCCCAGACUGCUGAGGACAUCAUUGGAGCACAGGUCAGGGUUCAUCACCAUGGCAACCACCCAACACCUUGGGGCUACUGUUAAUGUACAAUGUGACAUUGACUUCGCAAGGUGUUGGAGAUACAAAAUAAUGUGUAGUAAUCAUGUUUGAGACACUAGAGACCACUACGACUGUAUAUACACCAUUAGGUUAACUGAAUUGGAAGGUUAAUUAAUGCAUGUUUCAGGACAAUAGAGACAACUACAGCUGUACUGUAUAAGAUGAUAAUUAGGAUUAGUAAUGUACGUGUAAAGUGAAAGAGUAAUCACUGCUUCAGCCUUUGAUCUGUCUAGAGUGG